AUGGAGAAAAUCAUGGUGAGUGCUGCUUGUGGGGUGAUGAAUUCCCUGCUGCGCAAGCUCGCCGCUCUACUAGAGAAGGAACACAUGCUACUAAUAGGUGUGAAGCACAACAUUAUCUUCUUAAGAGAUGAGCUUACUAGCAUGAACUUGCUCCUCUUCAAGCUGGCAGACAUAGAAGAUCUCGACAUGCAAGUGAAGAAGUGGAGGAAUAAGGUACGAGAGCUAGCCUACGAUAUCGAGGAAUGUAUUGACAAUUUUAUGGUCAAUGAUAGGCCCAACGCAAGCCUUGUUCGGAAGACGAUCCAGGAACUCAAAACCCGUGUUGUGGAGGAGAACGCUCGCCGCUAUAGAUACAAGCUGGAUGAUUCAACCUUCAGGCCAGCAGUGGUGCAAAUUGACGAUCGUCUCAAGGCAUUCUAUGUUGAGACAAACAAGCUUGAGGGCAUUGAUAGCCCAGAGGAACAAAUCAUACAGUGGCUUACAAGAAAUGGGAAACAAGAUCAAGAACUAAACAUAAUGGCCAUAGUGGGCUUUGGAGUGAUUGAUGAUUUAUGGGAUGUUUCGGCAUGGAGCUUUAUCAAAUGUGCUUUCCAUCAGAAUAAUUGUGGGAGUCGAAUAAUCAUAACAACACGCAAAAUUGAUGUGGCUAAGGCAUGUUGCUCGUCCUCUAGUGAUCAUAUUUAUGAAAUGCAACCCCUUAGCGUUGCUGACUCAGAAAGAUUAUUUUUUAAGAGAAUUUUUGGUUCCGAAGAAAGAUGUCCUUCUCACCUAAAAGAAACCUCCAUCAAAAUUCUAAGGAAGUGUGGUGGCCUACCAUUGGCUAUCGUUACUUUAUCAAGCUUGUUAGCUAGUAAAGAUCUGACAUUGGAUCAGUGGAAUAGAGUGGCAAAUUCUAUUGGGUCUACACUUGAGAAUAAUCCAGACAUAGAGGUCAUGAGAAAGAUUCUAUCUAUCAGUUAUUUUGAUCUUCCACAUUAUCUGAAAACUUGUCUUCUUUAUAUAAGUAUAUUCCCAGAAGAUUACACUAUAAAUAGAAAGAGUUUGAUAAAUAGAUGGAUUGCUGAAGGAUUUGUACAAGAAGAAUAUGGGCAAAAUGCACAUGAUAUAGGUGAAAGUUACUUUAAUGAGCUCAUCAACAGAAGACUGAUCCAGCCAUGGUACAUUGAUAAUGGGCAUGUUGUGACUUGUUGA